AUGGUCCUGUUUAGUGGUGGUACUAGAAUAAAAGUACAAGGUACUGACUUUGAUAUUGGUAAUAAAGAAAUGACUAGAGUAAUACUGAGAGAAUCAUCAUCAAGAAAGAAGAGAAACACAUGUCCUGAUGUUAACUGUACUAUUAUGAGUAUUACUAAUACUGAGAUCAAUUGUGUUACUGGUAGUGUAAAUGCUAGUGACUGUAUGAAGAAUGUAAUAGUAUCAGUCAAUGGAGCUUCAUUCUUUAAUACUAGUAUAAGUUAUCAUUAUAAACCUGAUCCUACUUUUGAUAGUAUCAGCCCUAUGAACAUAAUACCAGCUGGUGGCAUUCAACUAGUAUUCACUGGUGCUAAUUUAAAUUCAGUUCAGUCUCCUACUAUUACUAUUACUGAUAGUAGAUUGAUUCCUAGUAGUAUUGAGUCUUGUGUCUUUAAUACUGAUGCUACAUUGGUCUGUAUUGCUCCUAAUAUUAGUAAUGUGACAGACAGCAGUUACUAUGGGACACAUAUUGAAUACAUGCUAAUGUUAGAUGGAGCAGAGUCACCUAAUUACAUGAAUACUGAUCUGAGACUAACACUGCAACCUAAUCCAAUAUUUACUGGUAUUGAUGUUAACUCAAGAUCUAUAUCAGUUGAUGGUAGUAAAGUUAUUACUAUUACAGGAAUGAACAUAAGAUCUGUUCGUGAUUCAGAGAUUAAUAUUACACUAGGAGACAAUGAUAACGAUGUGUGUAAUGUCAGAACAAGCUCUAAUACUGAGAUUACCUGUAGGCCACCAGGCAAGCCAUCAGGUACCACACUAGUACUAAGAGUCAGAGUGGGAAGAAAUUUAGUGUUUCCACCAAAUGGUGUCACUGGCCCUGAAUGGACGCUAGUAUAUACUAGAACUACUAGUACUAGUAGUAGUACUACUAUUACUAGUAGUACUACUACUAUUACUGCAAUUACUACUACUACUGGGCCUACUAGCACUAGCACUAGUACUCCCGGUUCUACGUCAAUUGAAGCUAUUGUUGGAGGAUCUAUAGCAGCUAGUGUUAUUAUUACAGUGUUGAUUGUAGCAAUACCAUUGAUAAUUGUCAUUUUUAUUUUAAAAAAGAGACCAAAGGACAAAAAAGACAAGUUAAUAGUUUAUGAAGAUAAUGUAGUUGUCCCAAUGUCUAACAAUAUGAUUUAUCUUAGCAACAUUAGCCAAGAUAACAUUCUCCUUCCCCAGUCUAACCCAGCAUACAUUAAAGCAUCAGCUAUUCACAUAUAUGAUGAAAUACCUGCAGGCCAUUAUGAAGAAAUACCAGCAGUAAAGAAAAAAAAUCUUCACAAUAAUGAUAAUGAUAAUGAUGAUGCUAUAAGAAAUCAAGAAGAUCAAGACAAUUACAGCUAUGUUAGUCAAGUGAAUCAAGAUGAUCAAGAUAAUGACAGCUAUGUUAGUCAUGUGAAUCAAAAUGAUCAAGAUAAUGAAGAUAAUGAAGGCUAUGUUGAUACAGGAGUGGUUAGUGAUAUUGCUCUAAGUCAAGAAGAUAAAGGAAGCUACAAAAAUAUUUCAGAUAAUGAUGAUUAUAUUUGAAAAAAUGCUU